AUGCCGCCCAAACGCAAAGCGGCCGAUGCUACAACUCCUCCAGACUCAUUCAAUGGAUCCGCACCACAACGCAUCGGGCACUGGCUCAUGAAAGCCGAGCCAGAUACCCGCUACGAGCGUGGGCAUGACGUCGCUUUCUCGAUCGAUCAUCUUGCCGCUUGUAAGAUCACAAAGUGGGAUGGCGUACGCAAUCCUGAAGCACGCACUAUCAUGAAGGAAAAGAUGCAGUUUGGCGACCCCGUGCUAUUCUACCACUCGAACACCAAGAUUCCCGGUGUCGCAGGUCUCGCGCGCAUUUGCUCAAAGCAGAGCUAUCCGGAUCCGUCCGCGUUCGACCGCAACCAUGCAUACUACGAUGUCAAAAGCGAUCCGGAGCAGCCCAAGUGGUGGCUUGUCGAUGUCGAAUAUGUGCAGAAGCUACAGAGAUUGGUGCCUCUGGGGUUGCUGCAGAAAUUGGCAGGUAAAGGUGCAGAUGCAAAGCCAUUGAGCAAGGUCGAGAGGCACGACAUUGCGUACCUGAAGAAUACGCACUUGCAGGCGAUCAAGGACAUGGCGCUGCUCAAUAGGGGCAGGUUAAGCGUUCAGCCCGUAUCCAAGGACGCGUACGAUGCCGUGAUCGCGCUCAGCGAGAAAGGCGGGUGGGACAGCUGGACUGGUAAGUGGAAUCCAAGGGCUGGGUCAUCGACUGCGUCUACCUCGACUGCUGCCUCAAAGACGACUACAAAGAAAGCAGGCUUGUCGACAGCCGCGGGCGAGCCACUGCAGAAUGAAAACAUGAGCAAGACUGAACCACCAAGCAAGAGGGACACACCAGCGACAAAGGCACGGAGACCAACCCCAGCCAAAAAGAUCAAGCCGGAAGAGCCUUCUCAAGCUUGCAUCACUGAAGGGGUACGCCGAUCCUCGCGUCGGCGGAGUGGAGCAUAG